GGGGCCCCCUACUGACCCCGGACAGUGCCCGAGUGCUCGAAUGGUCAGUCCGCCCCUGCAUUAAAGCAUGCUUGUUCUACUCACUGUGGAACCUAAGGGGGUAAUCCUCUGCAUUGUGUAAAAAUGCGUUUGUUUGAUCCUGACUUCCCUGAUCCUCCCCUUCUUCCAGUGCCCUUCUCUUAUCUCCUGAUAAGACAUAUUCGGGCGGAGUCGGGCAAAAACAUGCAUGCUCUGUCACACCUGCCUAGGUGUGAACAGUUUUUU